AUGGCUGUCAACGUUUACUUUACUUCUUCGACCAGCGACAACCUGAGUCGACAUGACAUGUUGGCCUGGGUCAAUGACUCGCUUCACUUGAACUACACAAAGAUUGAGCAGCUGUGCUCAGGCGCAGCUUACUGCCAGUUCAUGGAUAUGAUCUUCCCCGGGUCCAUCAUCCUGAAGAAAGUGAAGUUUCUGGCCAGGCUGGAGCAUGAGUACAUUCAGAACUUCAAACUGCUGCAAGCAGCCUUCAAGAAGAUGGAGGUGGACAAGAUCAUCGCGGUGGACAAGCUGAUGAAAGGCAAGUUCCAGGACAACUUUGAGUUCCUUCAGUGGUUCAGGAGGUUCUUUGAUGCCAACUAUGAUGGCAAGCCCUACGACCCGGUGUUUGCCCGCCAGGGACAGGAAGCUGGCCCGCCUCCCAGCACUCACGGCCCUGUCUUCACCAAGCCCAAGAAGGCGCUCAGCACGCUGAGCACUGCCACGGGCGUGAGCGCCAGUGCCACCACCCUGGACAAGAAGGCCCUGCGGUCAUCAUCGUCCAGCAUGGCGGGAAAUGGUGACGCACACGUCGCCGAACUGGCCGAGCAAGUGAAAAAUUUAAAAACCGACCUGGUAGAGCUGGAGAAAGAAAGAGACUUUUACUUUGGAAAGCUGAGAAACAUUGAGAUGAUCUGUCAAGAGAAUCAGCAGGAAGACAGUGUACUGAUUCAGCAGGUGGAGAAAGUGCUCUACUCCACCGAUGAUGGAUUCAGCCCACGGGAGGCUGUCAAUGAGCAGUCUGAAGAGCCAGACGAAUAUUAA